AUGACUACUCAAGGACGGGUCGGAGUGGUGCGCACGGAGCGCUCUACCAGAUUCUUUCUUGGAAUUGCCUUCUACCUGUUUAUCUCCAGCGCAGGUAGAGCUUCGGGUCACCCCCAAUGUUUGGAUUAUGGACCUCCUUUUAAACCUGCCUCCCACUUGGAGUUUUGUUCUCAAUAUGAGAACUUUGGAUGCUGUGAUCAGGAGAAAGAUAACGCCGUAGCUGAGAAAUACUGGACUGUCAUGGAUUCCUUUGAUCUUGAAGCGCAAACACAAUGCGGGAGCUACGUUAAAAACAUAUUAUGCCAGGAGUGCUCUCCCUAUGCCGCUCAUUUAUAUGAUGCUGAAGACCCUUAUACGCCACUCAGGAUCCUCCCCGGCCUCUGCUUCAACUACUGUUCCGAGUUCUACAUGAAAUGCCACGGUACCAUCCCGUUUCUGACGGAUGACCACCACAUCCAGGAAGCCUAUCGGAUGGAUGAAGUCAGCUUUUGUAAUUUGCUUAGUUUACCAGACCCCGACUACUGCUUCCCAGAUCUCAUCGAGAAAACAGACCUGAAUUACAAACUUGGAUCCGUGGUGGAGGAUCCAGAAGGCUGCCUAAAACUGUGUCUCAUGGAAGUUGCUAAUGGAUUGCGUAAUCCUGUCCUGAUGCUUCAUGCUAACGAUGGCACUCACCGAAUGUUUGUGGCAGAGCAGCUUGGGUUCGUCUGGGUCUACUUACCGGACGGCAGGAAACUGGAAGAGCCCUUCCUAAACAUUAGGGAGUCCGUUGUGACCACUCCUUGGUACGGAGAUGAAAGGGGUUUCCUUGGAAUGGCUUUCCAUCCAAAAUUCCAGAGCAACGGGAAGUUCUAUGUCUAUUACUCCACUAUUGAUGAAAACUAUGUCGAAAAGGUCCGAAUUAGCGAGCUCCAAGUAUCAUCACAAGACAUGAAUAAAGCAGACCCGCUUUCAGAAAGGUAUCUUCUGGAGAUAGAAGAACCAGCUCCAAAUCACAACGGAGGACAAAUACUUUUUGGGGUUGAUGGAUACCUCUACAUAUUCACAGGGGAUGGAGGCUUAAAUGGCGACCCCUCCGGAUUAUUUGGAAACGCGCAAAACAAGAGCGCCUUGCUCGGUAAAGUUCUCCGUAUAGAUGUAGACAGAAAGCCUAUCGAUGGAAAGCCCUAUGGAAUCCCGCCGGAUAACCCAUUCGUAUCGGAUCGUUACGCCAGACCGGAGGUUUACGCAUAUGGGGUUAGAAAUAUGUGGAGAUGUUCUGUGGACCAAGGAGACCCUCUCACCGCAAAAGGACGAGGGAGAAUAUUUUGCGGUGACGUUGGACAAAGUCGAUACGAAGAAGUUGAUAUCAUUCAUAAAGGGGGAAACUAUGGCUGGAGGGCCAAAGAAGGACUGGAAUGCUUCGACAUAAUGCUUUGUUUAAAUGCCUCUUUAAAGGACGUCCGACCAAUAUUUGCUUAUGGCCAUAGUGUUGGAAAAUCGGUGACGGGUGGCUAUGUCUACCGAGGCUGCGAAUAUCCGAAUCUCAACGGCAUCUACAUUUUUGGAGAUUUCAUGAAUGGCUGGCUCAUGGCAUUGCAUGAAGAUGAGAGUACAAACCAGUGGGUAAAACAAGACAUUUGCAUGGGAGAUAACACAGUCUGUGCUUUCCCAAAUCUGAUCAACAACUACAAGAAGUUCAUAAUCUCAUUUGCAGAAGAUGAAGCAGGGGAAUUGUAUUUUUUGGCCACGUCUGAUCCAGGUUCACUUAGUCCAAGAGGAUCCAUUUAUAAAUUUAUAGAUCCCUCGAGGAGAGCACCACCUGGGAAGUGUAAAUAUAAGCCUCUUCUGGUGAAGACGAGAUCAAAACUAACUCCAUUUGUUCCGCAAGAGAGAACCGUUCUGGAAAUUCUUAGUGAAGAAUAUAAACCACGCUGGACGCCACCCAAGGUGGUACCCAAAGUGCCCAAAGUGCCCAAAACAAUAACUAAACCGCCUUUACGAGUGACUUCUGCCAUGAAAGCCGCCACUACUAGCUUUAAAACUACCACUAAAUCCCCAGUGAGGACGACAACCGCAAAGAAACCCAAGACCACCAGAUCCCCCAGGCCGGUGUCCAAGAAGCCUCCCAAGAUUUCCAAAACGACAACAACUAGACCCCCGGUAAUAAAAUCUCCGACAAAAAAACCCUCGCCUCCCAAACGUGCGCCGAUCCCAACGACUCGCUCGCCUCUGAAACCCCCAAUGAAGAACGAUGUCGUAGAGCCGGCCAUAAUCCAGAAGGAGAAACCGAAGGACACGUCCAAGAAAAAAGACUCCACGCCAAAACCCUCAAAGGAGAAGAAGAAAACCAAAAAGCCAAAGUUAACACCAGGAUCUCCGACCAAAAAACUCACUAAAAAAGACGCUAAAAAAAAACCUAGAGAGAGCUGAUGAAAUAUUUUCUACCAGAUCAGAUACUGAACAAAAAACUGUUUUUUAUUGAUGUAUUUUGAUGAAUUAA